UAUAAAAGCGAAAGUUUGGCCCGCAUUAGCAUCAUUCACUUUUAGUGUGCACCAACAAAAACAUCAUGAAAUUCUUCGUAGCCAUUCUUUUCGUAGCCGCAGCCGUAGCUGACAAAUUGGAGAACGUGUAUUUGCCACCAAACAGUGCCAAUACAGCAGGCGGAAACGGAAACUUCUUAGCUGCUCCAUUGAAAACUGCUAACCAAGCUCAAGCCUACAACGGACCAACUGCAGCUCCAAUCAACAUUCUUAGAUUCAACAAUGAAAACAAUGGAAAUGGACAGUACAAUUAUGAUUUUGAAACCGAAAACCAUAUCCAGCAACAAGAAUCAGGAAAUUUGAAAAAUGCAGGCAGUGAAGCUGAAACCAUUGAAGCUCAAGGUUCCUUCACCUUCACCGCUCCAGAUGGACAAACUUUUUCCAUUCAAUACGUUGCUGAUGAAAAUGGUUUCCAACCACAAGGUGCUCAUAUCCCAACUGCUCCACCAGUGCCAGCUGAAAUCCUCAAAGCUUUGGAGCAGAACGCAGCUGACGAAGCUGCAGGUAUUGUAGAUGAUGGUCAAUACAAACCAGAUCCAUCUGAAGGAUUUGCUGGAAGGAAAAACGCUCAAAACAACGCUGGAUACAAAUAUUAAUUUUUAAGUAAUGGGA